GGAGAGCAAUUAUCUUUGACCGUCGUCGUCAUUACCCUCAGUACCUAUAUAUUUACCCGACACGUACUUUUUACUUCAGUUGAAAUAAGUUUUUCACAUAGACAUUACAUUUUUGGAGAUCCUCAUAAAUAAACUUCAAGAUGAAUACUGCGAGCUUCAAGAUUUUGGCCUUAAUGGCUGCUUUUUUAAUUAAUAGUGUUUAUUGUUCGCCAAAAUACGACAUGGGAGGAUUUGUACCAAGUUCUAUAGACUACCUCGAUAAAAUGGGAAAAUCUCAUGAUCAAAUGCCCGUCGCAUCACAACAGAAAUCUCAAUCACCCUCGCAACAUCGUAGUGAAAACGCUUCUUCAGUGUCCAGAAGUUCUUCUGGACCUGAUGGAUCAAACGUUCCAAUUGAUCGUAAUCAAGAACCAAGAUUUGGAUUUACUGGAGUUGGCACAAGCUCAGGCUAUGGAGUAUCUUCUUACGCACCAGGGAAAGUUGAUCUAGGUGGAUUAGUACUUGGCGCUGUGAUUGGAGUGGGAACUAUUUUGAUUAUUCCAAAAUUAUUACUUCUUCUCAGUGGAAGCUAUGGACAAUAUGCAAGAAGCGAUGAAGGAGGAUUUGUUAAUUCAAUGACUAAAAUUGAUGACGUUCUAACUCGUCACGGAAUUGACACCACAACAUGUAUGCAACGAGCUGUCUGUACUUACUCAAAAAGAGCCGCCGAAACAACGCGGUCAGCUAAUGACAUUGACGAUGAAGAAAAAGUGUCAUCAUUCGACCGAUUAGUAGAUACUGUAACGACGAACCAGGUAUUCCGCACUGCAAUGCGUGGAACAGCUAUUCAAGAAGCUAUCGAAGCAGGAAGAAAAGGACAAAAUUGUUCGAGACUUUACCGACAAUGUGGCUUUUCAAUGGAAUCAAUAGCACGUCUAGUUUCCAAUCUUCUCACUACUAUCAAUAGUCCAGAUUCUUCACCUACUGCACCAUCGGCGGCUGCUUAAUUAUUUUUUAUCACUAUAUAAUCAAAUAAUAUAAUAUAACAUAACAAUGAUUUAUUAAUUAUUAUAAAUAAUUGAAAUAAUAUGAUACAAUAAUCUUAAAUGUGCCCUAUGCCAUUGAAAGCCAUCGAAUAACAAUAUAAUCCACUUAAUAAUCAUACUUAUA